CCUUGACCUAUAAAUCAUAACAAACCCUUGUCAGAAUUUUUCGUUUCUUUACAUCUCUUACGUUUAUAAUAACAUAAUAAGGCACCAAUGAUAAAGACAUUCUUUGAUAUUCUAGGAACACGAUUGAUAUGAGUAAAAUCGGCGAUUUCAGAGCUAUCUUGAAUUUGAUUAAAGAAAAGAACUUCGACCAAGCUCUCCAAUUCAUCAAUACUAUUGAAUGUGACUCUAUGGAUUUAGAUGCAAUUCUCAUUGCUGCGACACUUAAUUGUGACCGUCAGAAUGACUUCCACAAAUACCUUAUUAGCAGGGGAGCUUCAUGCAACAAUUUCUUAGACCCAUCUUUAGAAGAAGAAUUCAAAAUCUCUGCAUUUGGAGUGAAUAGCCUUCAUAUUGCAGUUGAACGUUGUAAACUUGAUCUAUUUAAGUUGUAUCUAGAGAAUGGAUGUGGUGAUCUCAUGAUUCCAUGUGCAAGACACAAAUACCGAAAUAGGGGGAAAAAUCGGGAUGGAUCUGAAAAGCAAGACCCUGAAAACCUGCCAUUGCAUAUUGCAGUAUUGAAUAACUGUGAAUCAAUUGUAGAGAUAAUUCUGCAGGUUGCAGCUAGAGAAAUGCUCUUAGCAUUCGGGGAGAACUCUCUGAAUCCAUUACAAUGUGCUUGUAGUAAAGGGUAUGGAAAUAUCGUCAGAUUACUUUCAGAUCACUACAGUAGUGAGGACAAUGUAUACAUUGACCCAGCAGACCUACAACGUUCCAGUUCUGGUCUCUUGGUACCAAAGGCUCAAACUCCUCCUGUCUACUAUGCUGUCCCUCAUCCUGAUGUUCUCAAAAUUCUAUUCGAAAAAGGAUUUGAUGUCAACUACCACAUUCUGCACAGUGUGUCUGUUGCCUCUAGGAGUGUUGCUAGGUCAACAACAGCUCUUCACGAGGCGGCAAGAUGUGGCAGUGUAGAGUCUUGCACCUUAUUGAUCUAUGGCGGGGCUCUUAUUGAUAUACUUGAGCGUCAUAAUAGAGUCACCCCUCUAUUGGAAGCAUGUAAACACAACCACCCUGGAGUUGUUACAUUGCUUCUUUCCUUAGGAGCAAACAUUCAUCACUUUGACAAGCAGUACUAUAGUGCAAUACACCAUGCUGCCACCCAUCCUAGAGGGCAUGAAUGUAUACAGGUGCUCCUGGACAGUGGGUUAAAUGUGGACUAUGAGAAGGGAGAGACUGCUCUACAUGCUGCAGUGACAGCAGGAAAUAUUGAUGUUGUAAAGUUCCUGAUCAGCCAUGGUGCCAACAUGCACAGUCUGGAGAUGGACCCCUGUGGACUAGGUGUGCUACAUAAAGCAUCCAAGAACAAUAACAGGUCCCUUGUGGAGCUACUCCUGGAAUCAGGUAUUGACGUAAAUUACAUCGAUGCUGAGGGGAAUACUGCACUGCACUUGGCAUGCUCUAAAAAACAUACUGAUAUAGCUCUGCUGCUUAUAGAAAAAGGUGCAGAUUUCACUAUUAGAAACACCAUACAUGGUCAGCUACCGUUACAUAUCGCAAUAAGCAGCAAGUGCUCACAUGAAAUCAUUGAUGUUUUACUAGCCAAGGGGUCUCCAUUGGGGAUGAGCGAUGACCGUGGCAACACUCCAUUAAUGUGUGCUAUUAAUAGAGUUAUGGAAAAUAAGAAGGACAUUGUUUAUAAACUCCUCUAUUAUAACUGUGAUAUGGACACACCAAAUCGUGUAUUGUCAGAUAGCCGAUAUGAUCGACCAGAGACCCCUAUUGAGGUUGCGUUUAAGCAAACAAUUUUAUACAAACAGCCACCAGAUGUCGCUUUAAUGUUAGUGGCAGCAGGUUGUGAUACAAGUGUUUUACCCAGAAUGCCACUUUGGAAAAAUCGAUUAACCGAUGAAAAUAGGAUUUCCAUUAAUAAUCAACUUCUACAACAUGGAUUUGGACUAAAAUCGCAAUGCAGAAAACAGAUCAGAAAAAUCCUAGGUGGAAUAACUAGAAUCAAUGAAGCUGCAGCACUCCUUGAUCUUAAGUCUAAAGACUAUCUGUUGCUCAAAGAUAUCCCUAGUUUGUAUGGAAUUGAUGAUAUCUGUGACAUUUAGUCAUGAAUAAAUAAAAAUAAUUUUAGAGAUAUGCACUGCAUUCAAGGUUCUGGUCAGGGACAGUCAACGUUGCUUGUAUUUUUUCAAAGAGUUUUUGAGAAUACAUGUACUAGCACAGGUAGUUGUUUGCAAAAUACAAUUUGAAAGAACACAUAUAAAAAUGUACAAAAUGAAAAUGUACAUCUAGUCUAUUCAUUAUAUAUGUUAAACUCUAUGAUACAAUGAAUGUUUAAAUCCACAUAAUGAGCAUUUUUUGUUAUGUCAUCAUAUGGACAGAAAAUAUAAUCUCAGAUGCAGAGUCCACAAUGUUUCUUAAUUAAAGCAACUUUGCUGCAGCUACCAUAUUUGCAACUUUCAACUUUAAUACUUCCAUAGGUAACAUAGCAAGUCCACAAUCAGGAGCCAAUAUAAGUCUUUCCUUUGGAAUGUGUUUCAGGAUUUGCUGUACCCUGGUAGUAAUCUCGUCAACUGUCUCAAUUUUGUCCUCUGCUAUUUUAAUAACACCAAGUAUUAUGGUGGAUUUCUUAAAUUUAUCAAACAGCGUGAGGUCGUUGUGUCUAUGAGCAUCUUCGAUGGAAACUGAAAAUCAAGAUACAGUUCUUAUUAUACCAAUAUUAAUUAUUAUUCAAUAAUACAAGACAUAAAACCUAUAAAGUAGAACACAUCUGUAUGUGAAACACUUUCAUGAGUGGAACACUUUACAAAGUUCAGUUACCUAUUACUUUAAUAUAAAAUGAACCUCUUUUAGCGAAACACUAUAUUGAGGUACUAUGGAUGUUCCACUUACACUUGUUUUACAGUAUAGAAUCUACUAUUAAAAUUAUUUCCAUAGUUUAAAGGGCAAUAGAAAUAAAUAAGGAGAGCAGCCCAAUCA